CUGUGACAGACGCUAGCAUUGACAUGAAAAUUGUUAGUUCCGUUACACUGUGUGACAUACAUUUUGCAUAGGCUAAAAUUAUUUCUAAAACAGUAUUACAAUCGUACAGUCAGAAUGAACUGUGACUUGAUGAAGUGGAUUUUAUUAAUAUUUGUAAUCAAAGGAGUUUGGAAUUUUGAUAAUGAAAUGGAAGCUUAUAACGGCAAACCCAGAAUAUUGUCAAGGAAGAGGCGGUAUGUGACUUUUCCUGAAGGAUCCAGUUUCUCGUGUGCCGGCUGUCUCACAACUGGUGUGAUAGGCCAGCCAUCACCAACCACAGCCCCAGGAACGUUCACUUUAGGGAUGAAUUGGGGUAUAGCUUAUGAGCUCCCGAACGCCACUGAGACCCUAACGCUCUACCAUAGGAAAUACAAAUUAAAAGGAAUUGCGCAGAGGAGGAACCGCCGAGAUCUUUAUCAGAAACUGGAACUUAUAUUGGAGAACAUAGGUUACAAGGGUCGUGAUUGUAUUUUGAAAACGUUGUGUGAGACCAAACAUCGUAUCAUACCCAAAGGAGCCAACAUGAUCGAAGAGAUGUUCAGGACUUUAUUUACAAUGCCGUUAACGAAGGUUUUGCCAGUGGAGCCCUUAGAGCAUACAAUAUAUGAUUCCGCACAUCGUCUCAGCGUUACCCUCGAUGACUGUGACGUUUACGACUGUCCGAUAUCUCUGGUCGACUUGGCUAAAGGGUACUACAAUGCGCCAGCUCCGCAAGUGGAUAUAGCGAAGCAACCCUGGGCCCUGUUCAGCAGUAGCUUUGAAUAAGAUCUUUUUUUUUUAAUAAAACUUUAUUAAAGUAUAUCA